GCUCUUCUGCUCAUGCGCAGAGCCCGUCCACCUAAACAGUGUAACUGACAAGACGAGUUGCCAGAGUGUGUUCGUACUGCCAGAAAACUCGCUCGGUUCUUAUUUGUGCCCAAGUCAAAUCCAUCUUUAUUUAUUUAAACCGACCCAACCGCGCACUAAGUUUAUUUCAGUCGCGAAGAGCCGUUUCCCCAGUGCCAGAGCUUUCAUUGAGAAGUUCGCGUUUACGGCGGCAUUGUUCGGGGCCAUACGCCGGUUUAUAUUAACUUCAGUACAGCGCGAGAGCCACGCGCGGUCUCUUUAUUCCCACACGCGCACUUUGAUACAUCGUAACAAUUUCUCUCUCUUUUUUUUUUUUUUUUUUUUUUUUUGGUUGCGAAAAUGGCCGCAACUGCGUUUGAAAUGGACGGGAGUGUAAUGGAAGGGGGAGGACAGAUUCUGAGGGUUUCCGUGGCGCUCAGCUGCAUCCAAGGGACGUCCAUCAAAAUAAAUAAAAUCCGAGCCGGCAGAAGUACACCGGGUUUGAGGCCCCAGCAUCUGUCAGGUCUCGAGCUGGUGAGGGACAUGUGCAGCGGCAGUCUGGAAGGAGCCACAGUGGGAUCCACGGAAAUUACGCUUGCUCCUGGGAAAAUCAAGGGGGGGAAUCACAUCGCAGACACUCAUACGGCCGGAAGCGUGGGACUGCUGAUGCAGGUCUCGCUGCCGUGUGCCCUCUUCGCUCAGGGUCCGUCAGAGCUGUGCCUGAAGGGAGGAACCAAUGCUGAGAUGGCACCCCAGAUCGAUUACACACUGAAGGUCUUCAAACCAAUCGCGGAGAGAUUCGGAGUUCAGUUUGUCUGCGAUUUGAAAAUGAGAGGUUACUAUCCUAAGGGAGGAGGUGAGGUGGUGCUCAAGGUGAAUCCUGUGAAGGAACUGAGUCCCAUCAACUUGACCGAAAGAGGGAAUAUCACCAAGAUCUACGGCAGGGCCUUCGUGGCUGGAGUGCUGCCCUUUAAGUUGGCGAAGGACAUGUCCACAGCGGCGGUCCGCACUAUCAGAAAAGAAAUUAAGGAUCUGUACAUAAACAUUCAGUCUUUGCAAGAGAAGGACAAGGCCUGCGGCAAUGGCAAUGGGAUUAUAAUAAUUGCAGAAUCAUCCACCGGCUGCUUAUUUGCAGGAUCAUCUCUUGGCAAAAAAGGUGUAUAUGCUGACAAAGUUGGCAUCGAGGCUGCAGAAAUGUUGCUGAGAAACAUCAGGCAUAAUGGUUGCGUGGACGAGUUCUUGCAAGACCAGCUUAUUAUUUUCAUGGCCUUGGCAAACGGCACAUCCAGAAUACGAACGGGCCCAAUCACUCUCCACACACAAACGGCAAUCCACGUGGCCGAGCAGCUCACAAAUGCAAAAUUUGUUAUAAGUAAAUCAGAGGAUGAGCUUGCUAACAAUACCUACGUUAUCGAGUGCCAAGGAGUGGGUGCCACCAAUCCUAACUUGUGAAUGCAUGGAUUCGUCGUCCCCGGCCGAGAUGAGGAGGACUGGUAGCAGAGACACACUACUACUGUAACUGACCGGAUGACACAAAGAUAACUUUAUUAUCUUUAUGUUCUUCGCAAUUAAUGAUUCAAUUUUUUGUGCUGACCACCGAGUAGGUUCAUAUUUGUCCCCUUUUGUGUCCCCUUCAGAAACUUUCGUUGUUACUCAGGGUAUUGCCUUACACUGUAAUGAAACGGACACUUUGAACUAUUCACGCAAUAUUCGCAGAAUCCUUACUGUUUUUGGGCAAAAUCGCUUUCCGCACGCUAACAAGCCUUAAAGUUUAAUUAAACCCUUCUGAUACUGUUAUCGAUAACAAUAGUUUAACCAAUUUGCAUGGAGGUAGAAAAAUACAUGUAUGUCACUGGUAAAUUAGUGCACUGUGUGUACGAGGAGGAACGUUUUUCAUCUAAGUUUAUGGUUCCAUGUAGCUGCUUUGUUUUGUUUUUUUGUAUUCGUUAUUUAAGUCGCUUCUACAUCGUUUCCGAAAUUUCAUUGCCAUCUUAUUCUAUUUUCAUUGACGUUCUUAGCUAAUUUUGUCUUUUUGACUAUGAAAAUUGAUUCAUACAUAAUUUCUAUUUGUUAUUUAUAAGAUGGAAUUUCAGAUGUAAUUGUAAUUGUUCUUUUGCGCAAUUAUUUUUUACGUUUUUUUUGUUUUUUUUUUGCUACUUUAGAUGACCAUGUUCUUUUUGUUAUUUGCAUUUAAAAUUGUGGAGAAAAAAUACAAUAAAAUAAAAGCGAUAGACAUACAGUCUUUCA